CAGCAGUUAGAUGAACACAACAUGACCAUAAAAGGAAUUAUUUUAGCUGAUAUAUAAGGUGAUGAACAAGUUUGUUCUUCAACUUUUUGCAUUUGAUUUCUUAUCCAGCUUUGCAAUUUAGUUGAAUCAAUCAAGAUGUGCGACGAAGACGUUACCGCUCUCGUUGUAGACAACGGAUCAGGUCUGUGCAAAGCUGGAUUUGCAGGAGACGAUGCACCAAGAGCUGUUUUCCCUUCCAUCGUCGGGAGGCCCAGGCACCAGGGUGUCAUGGUGGGUAUGGGACAAAAAGACAGCUACGUGGGAGAUGAAGCCCAAAGCAAGAGAGGUAUCUUGACUCUCAAAUACCCAAUUGAGCACGGUAUCGUCACAAACUGGGACGAUAUGGAAAAAAUUUGGCACCACACCUUUUACAAUGAAUUGCGUGUUGCCCCAGAAGAACACCCAGUUUUGUUGACCGAAGCCCCUCUUAACCCCAAAGCCAACAGAGAAAAGAUGACUCAAAUCAUGUUUGAGACAUUCAACUCACCCGCAAUGUACGUUGCCAUCCAAGCCGUUCUUUCUCUGUACGCUUCCGGACGUACAACCGGUAUUGUGCUGGAUUCUGGAGAUGGUGUCACUCACACCGUUCCAAUUUAUGAAGGUUAUGCUUUACCCCAUGCCAUCUUGCGUCUUGAUUUGGCCGGUAGAGAUUUGACCGAUUAUUUGAUGAAAAUCUUGACGGAAAGAGGUUAUUCAUUCACAACUACCGCCGAAAGAGAAAUUGUCAGAGACAUCAAAGAAAAGUUGUGCUACGUCGCUUUGGACUUUGAACAAGAAAUGGCCACUGCCGCUUCAUCGUCAUCUCUCGAAAAGAGCUACGAACUUCCCGAUGGCCAGGUCAUCACCAUCGGUAACGAACGUUUCCGUUGUCCGGAAUCUGUUUUCCAGCCUGCCUUCUUGGGUAUGGAAUCUGCUGGUAUUCAUGAAACCACUUUCAACAGUAUCAUGAAAUGCGAUGUCGACAUCCGUAAAGAUUUGUAUGCCAACACUGUCAUGAGCGGUGGAUCCACUAUGUUCCCAGGUAUUGCCGACAGAAUGCAAAAGGAAAUCACCGCAAUGGCCCCGAGCACGAUGAAAAUCAAAAUCAUUGCUCCACCUGAGAGGAAGUACUCUGUAUGGAUCGGUGGCUCCAUUCUGGCUUCCCUGUCAACCUUCCAGCAGAUGUGGAUCAGCAAACAAGAAUACGACGAAUCUGGUCCAUCAAUUGUUCACAGGAAAUGCUUCUAAAUUGAUUUUCUUUCUAUCGCAUUACCUGAAAAUGCGUCUUUCGCGUUUUAUUUUUUUGUUAUUUUAUUGAACUUUAAUAGUUUAAAGUAACCUAUUAAUUUCAAAUAAAUCUCUUCUUCGAGAAACGUGUUCAUUUAUUACAAACAUAAUCAACUUAUAUUUAUUCUCUAAGUUAUUUACUUUUUUUUCUCACCAAAGCUCAUUUCUUAAAUAAAUUUUAAUCUUCAGCCCUAAAUGUGUUCUCUUCUGUGUUAAAUGUAAAUAAAAGUUAAAAUAAAUGUAACCUUUACUAAAUAAAUAUUUAUAUUUUUUAA